AUGAGCAAAGUCCAGCAUUUCAACGAUGCAAUAAUAGAACACUCUGUACACCGCCAACGCGACGAAUUCAUCACACAGCUACAAAAUCGCGAAAAUGACAUACUCCGACUCGCAGCGACGAAAUGCGGCAAGGCGACCGCCCAGUUCUUCCAAUCGGAAGCCCGCGGGCAAUACUAUGCGCGCGGGAGCUAUAACAUGUCCUACUUUAUCGAGUUUACUGACGGGCAGAGAUGUGUAUUUCGCGUCCCGCUACGGCCUUCGCUCGCAUAUUGUCCACGCAGCAAGCUAGAGUGUGAGGUCGCCACGAUACAGCAUUUGUCAGACUGCACUACCAUUCCUGUCCCCAAGGUUCUGGCCUACUGCUCAGACAGUGGCCCUGAUCCCUUGUCCACAUUCGUAAUUCUCGAUCACAUCGACGGAAAACUCCUCUCGCCGGCUGGAUUUUAUGACUUGUCUGCUGAUGACCGAAUCAAACUAUACAAAGCGCUGGCAGACGUCUAUAUCCAACCCAGGAGACAGGAAUUUCCGUCCAUAGGCAAACUCAAGAUGGGAGAAAAGGGAGUGUACAUUGGUGAAAAGACGGCGUCGAUUGAGAUGAAUAUGAUGCAACUCGAGGGUCUAGACCCUAAACUCUUUACAACCAUUUCUUGUUCAGCAAACAAGCCCAGGGUUGGGUAG